AGUCCGAGCGCCGCUAUGCCUCUGGUGUCCGAGGGCCUGGACGAGCUGCCCGCCGCCUGCCUGUCGCCGUGCGGGCCGCCCAACCCGACCGAGCUGUUCAGCGAGUCACGGCGCCUGGCUCUGGAGGAGCUGGUAGCGGGCGGCCCCGAAGCCUUCACGGCCUUCCUGCAACGCGAGCGCCUGGCUCGUUUCCUGAACCCCGAUGAGGUGCACGCCAUCCUGCGCGCGGCGGAGAGGCCGGGAGAGGAGGGCGCGGCGGCGGCGGCCGAGGACUCGUUCGGCUCCUCGCACGACUGCUCGUCGGGCACCUACUUCCCCGAGCAGUCGGACCUGGAGCCGCCGCUGCUGGAGCUUGGCUGGCCCUCCUUCUACCAGGGCGCCUACCGCGGCGCCACGCGCGUCGAGACGCACUUCCAGCCCCGCGGCGCGGGCGAAGGCGGCCCCUACGGCUGCAAGGACGCUCUGCGCCAACAGCUCCGCUCGGCGCGAGAGGUGAUUGCAGUGGUAAUGGACGUGUUCACAGACAUCGACAUCUUCAGAGACCUGCAAGAAAUAUGCAGGAAACAGGGAGUUGCUGUGUAUAUCCUUCUGGACCAGGCUCUCCUCUCUCAAUUUUUGGAUAUGUGCAUGGAUCUGAAAGUUCAUCCUGAACAAGAAAAGUUGAUGACAGUUCGGACUAUCACAGGAAAUAUCUACUAUGCAAGGUCAGGAACUAAGAUUAUUGGGAAGGUUCAUGAAAAGUUCACGUUGAUUGAUGGCAUCCGCGUGGCAACAGGCUCCUACAGUUUUACAUGGACGGAUGGCAAAUUAAACAGCAGUAACUUGGUAAUUCUGUCUGGCCAAGUGGUUGAACACUUUGAUCUGGAGUUCCGAAUCCUGUAUGCCCAGUCCAAGCCCAUCAGCCCCAAACUCCUGUCUCACUUCCAGAGCAGCAACAAGUUUGAUCACCUCACCAACCGAAAACCACAGUCCAGGGAGCUCACCCUAGGCAACCUGCUGCGGAUGCGGCUGGCUAGGCUGUCAAGUACUCCCAGGAAGGCGGACCUGGACCCAGAGAUGCCCGCAGAGGGCAAGGCAGAGCGCAAGCCCCAUGACUGUGAGUCCUCCACUGUUAGUGAGGAAGACUACUUCAGCAGCCACAGGGACGAGCUCCAGAGCAGAAAGGCCAUUGACGCUGCCACUCAAACAGAGCCAGGAGAGGAGAUGCCAGGGCUGAGUGUGAGUGAGGUGGGAACACAAACCAGCAUCACCACAGCAUGUGCUGGGACCCAGACUGCAGUCAUCACCAGGAUAGCAAGCUCUCAAACCAUGAUUUGGUCCAGAUCGACCACUACUCAGACUGAUAUGGAUGAGAACAUUCUCUUUCCUCGAGGAACUCAAUCUACGGAAGGGUCACCAGUCUCAAAAAUGUCUGUAUCGAGAUCUUCCAGUUUGAAGUCUUCCUCCUCUGUGUCUUCCCAAGGCUCUGUGGCAAGCUCCACUGGUUCUCCUGCUUCCAUCAGAACCACUGACUUCCACAAUCCUGGCUAUCCCAAGUACCUGGGCACCCCCCACCUGGAACUGUACUUGAGUGACUCACUUAGAAACUUGAACAAAGAGCGGCAAUUCCACUUCGCUGGUAUCAGGUCCCGGCUCAACCACAUGCUGGCUAUGCUGUCAAGGAGAACAUUCUUUACUGAAAACCACCUUGGCCUUCAUUCUGGCAAUUUCAGCAGAGUUAAUUUGCUUGCUAUUAGAGAUGCAGCACUUUAUCCUUCCUAUCAGUAACUGCUCCGUGUUCAGACUCCUGGUUUCUUCCAGGCUUACAGUGGACAUCAUCAGCUUCCUGCUUUAAAAAAUAUCUUAUGUCCAUAAUUGCCUUUCUUUUACCUGACUUUGUCA